GUCUCUACUUCCGACUAGCCACCGGAGGAAGCGGCGCUACUGCAAAUGGCAGCGACCUUGUGCAGAGCGUGAUGUUCACACCGACUCAGUCAAUUAACAAACUAACAUGCAAAUCUAACGAAACCAGGGAAGUGACAGGUCGGUGAUUAAAGCGUCUCCUUCCAGGUCGAUAUCAUGUUCUCGUUCAUCAAGGCCGCUGUCGGCGGAUUAACCGGAAUCUGUGGAGCCCCCGGUCACCGACAGGGUCCUUUGUACAGCCACUUGAAAGUUCUGGCUUCUGGGCUGAAGACGCAUGAAAUCCCCCCAGACUACAGUGAUGUGGUGCUGCCAGAGAAACCCAAACUGAAAUUUUUGAACAAGGUGCCUAAUUUAAAAAAGGCUAAGAAAGAGAUGAAAAAGCUGAGUGAUAUCCAAGGCCCAGCCAAGGCAGCAAACACCUUCACUACAGGACAGUACGCAAUCGUGGCCAUGGGAGGGGGCUACCUACAUUGGGGUCACAUAGAGAUGAUUCGUCUAACCAUCAACCGUAAGAUGGAUUCCCGGACCACGUUUGCCCGGUGGCGAAUUAAUAGCCCAUAUAAGCCCAUCACACGUAAAGGUCUGGGUCAGCGCAUGGGUGGGGGAAAGGGAGCCAUUGACCACUAUGUGACACCUGUUCGUUAUGGUCGUUUAAUUGUGGAGGUAGGAGGAAAGGUGGAGUUGGGAGAGGUUGGGCAUAUCUUGACUGAAAUAGCAAAGAAGCUACCGUUCCCUGCCAAGGUACUGAGCAGAGAGAGUUUAGUGGCAAUGCAAAAGAAGCAGGCUGAUAUGGAGCAGGACAACCAGAAUCCCUGGACCUUUAAGAAGAUUGUGCAGGGCAACAUGCUGGGCAUCAGGAAGGUGCUCAGCCCCUUUGACCUGCACAACCAUGGAUGCUUCACAGGCAAAUUUCACCUCCCGGGGAGGGUGUGACAGACCAGAGGGACUGACACCAUCCAGGCAACGCUGUUGAAGAGGGAACCAAAGUUUCGGAAACCUCUGACUUUCGUUCAUAUUUGGAAAUCUUUUCUUUCACAUUGUUUGUUAUUUUUUUGCAAACACAUUCAUUUCUUUGACAUUUUGUUAAAUGGACAUUACUUUUCCCUUUUCUGCUUUAAAAAGAACCAAUAAAAUAUAUUAUGUAUUUCA